AUGUCGAGUGAGGGCGAGCCCUCUUCUUCUCGAUUUACCCUAGAAGGGAUUGAUGAUGUUGAAGAUUUUCCAUGGGAGAAUGAAGGCGAAGGAUCAUCGAUGUCGUGGGAGAGGUACAGUCAUCUUUAUGAUAUCAUGCAGAUGGGGAACCAGGCGUUUCGUGAGAACCGAUUGGAUCAGGCAAUUGAACUUUACUCAAGAGCUAACAACAUUAAGCCCAGUGAUACUAUUAUUCUUAGCAAUCGAUGUGCUGCAUAUCUUCGGAUUAGUCAUUUUCUUAAAAAUAGACCUCCAUCUGCUUCUGAAUAUAGGCCAUUGAGUGGAUUGGACCCCACAACUCAUGCUGGGCUUGCAUUGAAGGAUGCUGAUAAGGUGAUGAAUCUACAAAGUAAUUCGGUAACACCUUACAUUCUGAAGGCAAAUGCACUAAUUCUGUUAGAAAAGUAUGAGGUGGCUCGGGAUGUUAUUUGGUCUGGCCUUCAUGUUGAUCCUCGUAGCUGUCCUCUGCUAAAUUUGGAGAGAUCAACCGCCAGUACGUUUCCAAGGAGAAGCCAUGUGAACCCUCAGCGUACUGAUGAUUAUGACUGCACUGUUUGUUUGAAAUUGUUGUAUGAACCUGUCACAACUCCUUGUGGACAUUCUUUCUGCCGAUCAUGCCUGUUUCAGACUAUGGACAGAGGCAAUAGAUGUCCACUUUGCCGAACAGUUCUGUUCGUUAGCCCUCGUACAUGCUCAAUCAGUGUCACAUUGAAGAACAUCAUACAGAGAAACUUUCCGGAGGAGUACGCUGAAAGGAGAUUAGAGAAUGACAGUUUGACGAACCCUGGUGUUGACUUGUUGCCUCUUUUUGUCAUGGAUGUUAUCUUACCAUGCCAGAAGUUUCAACUUAACAUUUUUGAACCACGUUACAGACUUAUGGUGAGGAGGAUAAUGGAAGGAAAUCGACGUAUGGGAAUGGUCAUAAUUGACUCGUCUACUGGUUCAAUAGCUGAUUAUGCAUGUGAAGUGGAGAUUACAGACUGCGAGCCACUUCCAGAUGGACGUUUCUUUUUAGAGGUUGAAAGUCGCAGGAGAUGCCGCAUCAUUCGGAAUUGGGAGCAAGAUGGGUACCGCAUUGCUGAGGUUGAAUGGGUGCAGGAUGUACAUCCAACAGAAGGAACACCAGAGAGAAAUGACUUAAUGGAGAUGACAGACAAGGCAGCAACUUUUGCUCGUGAGUGGAUGAAGGCGGCACAGGAAGCAGCACAAGGAGAUCGAAUAAGGCUUGCAGAACUCUUUAAAGCAGAAGGAUUAAUGCCCUCGACCUGGGAUCCUGAGCGGUUCAGUUUUUGGCUGGCAACCUUGACAAAUCGUAGGCCUUCAGAAAGGUUGGAUCUCCUUCGCUUAAGAAAUACAAAAGAGAGGAUUAAACGCGGACUUGUUUAUAUGAAGGCGGAAGAACAAGGAUGUCGACUGCAAUGA